AUGGUGGCGGUCCAGCUUCUUAUGGCGGCGCUCGCUGCUACGGCAGCCCAAGCCCAGACUUUCCGCCGCACUGCUGCGUGCCCCAAGCUCGGAUGCGUGUUCCCUCCCGACCAGGUUAACUUCAUCGCUGGUCAGACGUUCGACAUCCGUGUCGAAGUCCAGGCGCCCAUCAACGGCUCGCAGGCUUACAACGGUGGCAAGGUCGACCCAAACUUCAAGCUUGAGAUCGGGGGCAAGGGCUCCAAGCUCAUGGACGUUACCAAGUUCUUUGGGCUCAAGGACCCCAAGCCCGAAACCUACAACUUCACUUGGUACGAGGACCUGUUUGCCGAGGAAGCCAAGAUGCCCAGCGCCGUCAACGUCAUCUCCAAGAGCUACCGCAACGUCCAGCUGCACAAGCCCGGCCGCUACAAGGUUCGCCUGACCUUUAACGGUGGUGAGACUCAGGAGGCGACGUGGGAGGUCAACCCCAUCCCCAAGUGCGCCAAAGCCAAGAACCUCCUCUUCUUUGUCGGUGACGGCAUGGCCACAUCAAUGAUCUCUGCAGCUCGCCUCCUUGCGCACAAGACAGUCAACGGCAAGUACCAGACGCACAUGGCAUUCGACUCGGCCCAGGGUUACGGCUCCCAGAUGACGCACUCGCUCGACAGCUUCAUCACCGACUCGGCCAACAGCGCCUCGGCGCUGUUCACUGGCCACAAGAUGACGGUCAACGGCCUCAACGCCUACACCGACUCGACAGGCAAGCCAUACAACAACGCCAAGGUCGAGACCAUCUUUGAGAUGUUCCGCCGCACUACCGGUGGCCAGGUUGGAGCCGUGUCCUCGGCCUAUAUUGCGGACGCCACCCCCGCCGCUGUGUGUGCUCACACCUCGCAGCGUUCGCAGUACCACACCGUCAUUGAACAGUACCUCAGCGGUGUGACGAUGAACCACUCCUGGACCCCGUGGGGUGGUAUCGAUGUCCUCUUCGGUGGCGGCGCGGAGAACUUCAUCGCGUCGCCUGCCAACGGCAAUGUCGACCAGUUCGACCGCUGGGCCGAGCACGGCUACCAGGUGGGCUUCAACAAGACGCAGCUCGAGGCGUUCACCAACGAGGACCGGGCGCUCGCCAUUUUUACCCGCGGCAACGUCUCGACGUGGCUUGACAGGCAUAUCUACACCGACACGCUCAAGUACGCCCUCCAGGCGGACGGUACCCAGGGCGCAUACGACCAGCCGGGUCUCAAGGACAUGACGCUCAAGGCCAUCGACAUCCUCAGCACCCGUGCCAAGGCGCGCCGCACCGGAUGGGCGCUCAUGUCUGAGGCGGCGCUCAUCGACAAGAACAUGCACGUCGGCGACGUUGACCGUGCCCUGGGUGACCUUCUCGAGCUCGACGACACCGUCCGCGCUGUCCUCGAACAUCUCAAGGAGAUUGGCGAGCUUGAGGAGACGCUCGUCAUUGUCACCGCCGACCACGGGCACGGAUUCGACGUCUUCGGUUCGGCCGACACCAAGUACCUCAAGGAGCAGAAGGAGGACCGCAAGAAGCGCAACGCUGUAGGCGUGUACGAGCGCUCGGGCCUGAGCGCGUACGUUGUGCCGCAGGACGUGAGCCCGACGACGCACGAGAUCUUCGAGAACCCCCAGGGUCACUUCCCCAUCACCUGGGACCCCCGCUACACCAUUGCGCACGGGUACGCGGCAGUCAGCGACCGCCGCGAGGACUACGAGGUUAGCAAGGAGCACGAGCGCAUCCCGUCCGCUCUCAGCCAGGACAAGACCCAGGGCUACUUCUUCAACCCCAAUGACAGCCCCGAGGGCUUUGCAAUGACUGGCAACCUCGACCCCAACAGCGGGCAGGGUGUUCACUCGCUCGUCGACGUCCCUAUCUACGCGUGGAGCGCGGGCCACGAGCUCUUCCGCGGUGUGAUGGGCAACGUAGACAUCGCGUUCCGCGUUGCCGAGGCGCUCGGCCUCGGCCACACUUCCAACGUCACCAAGCCGUACAAGCCUUAA